AUGUCUUCUCUUCCUCCCAAAGUUGGCUGCCGGCCAAGAUUUCAGAAGAUAUUCUUCACAUAUUUUCCAGAGAAAGUAAAACGAAAACUUGUAAGCUUCUUCUUCUCUGUAAACAUGUCAUAUUUAAUCACGUUUGUUCUAGAAGCUAAAAAUUGUCACGUUGUGCAGAAGCUUCCAGUUAAGUUUGUGAAGGACCAUGGAGAUGAGCUAUCAAAUCCAGUACAUUUUAAGUUUCGUGGUAUAGAAUGGCCAAUGAAACUUAAAAGACACAAAGAUGAGGCUUGGUUUGACAAGGGUUGGGAAGAGUUCUCAAAGUCUUACUCUUUUGAGUACAAUGACCUGCUCAUUUUUGCAUAUGAAGGCAAUUCAACCUUCCAGGUCUCCCUUUUUGAUAGACCACCGAAGUUGAUAGAAAGUGAUGAAGAUGACCUCAUUCCACCAAGUCCUCAGCCUCAUAUCACAACACAUUCAAGUGGUGGUCAAGCAGAAGUGCAAGAGGAGGCUUCAAGUCUUGAGACAAUACAUAGGUCCAGAUUAGAACUGAAAAGGAAACGGGAUCUUGUAGCAGAAAAAGAUGACGGUGAAGCAGAAUAUGAACUCAACACUAGACAGGGGAUUAAGAAUUCGAGAAUGAGAAGAAAACUGGAUUUUUCUGGGAAAAGGAACAGGGGACAAAGGUUCCAAAGAGCAUCUGAGACUAUGCAACGAGUCAAACCUGAAUAUCCGCUUUUCAAAAUUGAAUUGCUGCAGAAUGUUAACUAUGGAUUGAUAUUGAGCUUGCCCUACGAGUUUAUGAGGACACAUCUUAGUUCUGAAUCUGGUGAGGUUACCCUCCAGGUUUCAGAUGGAAGAAUUUGGAAGGUUGCAUUAAAAUGUGAAAACUCAAGAGCCGAAUUCCAUGAUCAUUGGUGGGAGUUUAUUCAAGACAAUCAACUAAAAGUUGGUGAUGCAUGUGUUUUUAUGUUGAUUGACUAUGCUAGACCCCUGUUUGAAGUUGUCAUUUUCCACAAGGACCAAACCAUACAACCUAUAAAUUGCGUCUUGCCAACAGAUAACACAUGCAUUGACAAUGCAAGCAUUGAUGAAGAUAACGAUGAUGAAGAAGACAACAAUGAAAAUGAUCAGGACAAUAAUAUUGAUGCUGAGGACGAUAACACUUCUUUCGAAAUUGUCAUACAGCCAUCUUAUACUAAUCACUUGUGGCUGCCUUCUAAGUUCUCCCAGAUAUUUCUUACUUCAGACGCUACAUAUGCUAGCCUUUGUGUUUCUGGUGGGAAGAGUAAUUGGCCUGUUAAAUUAAAACACUAUGGACAAAGAGUUCAAGUGCAGGAUGGUUGGAGUAAUUUUGUGCAAGACAAUAAUUUAAAAGUCGGACAUGUAUGCAAGUUUAUGUUCAAUGAUACUGCCAGACUCUCAUUUGAAGUAGCCAUAGAAGCUGGGAAUACCCUAGUCAAAGUAAUUAUAACAUACAUGUCGAGUAUUGACAUAGAUAUUCAUAUGGCAAGGGAUAAUGAGGGAAUUUUAUAG